CUCGUUCCUUGCAAGCAGCGUGCGAGACGUGUGCUACAAGACAGUCGUAGUGCAAGAUGCAGCGCUUCGGAGAAUUAAGCGAUGAUCCUGGAUUGGGUAAAUAGUAGGUGUCACUUAUCUGGCUGAAAUCAAGUCGUACUGGUGCUCCCUGAACAUGGUCGACCUCCCCUGACAGGAUAGCCACUGCCAUACUCGAGUACAUAUCUUCGAAGCGGCCUUUACAGAAAAUCUCUGAUUAUUACGAGUACACGAUGGCGGCCGAUAAGCGAUCAACACGACUCAAGACAGCCUACUCGCUGCUUGACGCUUAUGGCUCCCUCUCACCGGAUGCCAUCCUCGAUCACCUGGACGAGAAGUGCACACAUCAAGCUCUGCCCGAGUCGCUGGGCAUGCCGCCCCGCUCCAAAGAAGAAUUCAGAGGCCAUGCCCAAGGCAUCACAUCCAUAUUCACCACGUUUGCCAUGGUCCCGCAAAACGUAUACGAGGACGAAGACAACAACGCCGUAGUCAUUCACGCAAUCAUGGACGGUCAGCUGAACAAGCCCGACAUUGGUCAAUGGAAGAAUGAGUGCAUAAUGCUCUUACGCUUCACUCCGGACGGCUCCAAGAUCAUCCAAAUCAGAGAGUUUGUCGACAGCGCAAAGGCCAUGGAGAUGCGCAACAAAGUCAAGCCCAAGAACUUCGACUCGCACGGGGGAAGCUUCCUCUCUACACUCGGCUGGGUUGCAUCCACCACUGUUCCGGUUGCCUUGGCUGGCGCCGCCGUCCUCUUCUUCACGGGAAGAAAGGACCUGCUAAGGCUGAGAUAGCCCUCUCAUCUGUAUGCCAAUGCUUACCAUACAUGUAAUGCCCGAUUGUCACGAUACUUGUUGCCUUGUCUACCGGCUGUGCCGUGUUGGUGAGACGACUUUCCAAGCGAGCAUCACACAUUCUCUUCGCAUAACAUAUUGUUCCAGAUCUACAGUCAUGCUUGCAUGCAUGUCUCGUGGCCAUGGAUCAAGUCAAGUUAUCGUCUUGUAGAUUCUGAAUGUCUCUCAGAGAUACGUAUAUACAGCCAAGCAAGAACAAACAUGGCGAUCUCGCCCUGCACUUUCACACUGCAUGAACCAUCAAUAGCCAACAUCGUAAUCCUUAC